UGGCUGUAUCAAUUUCAGAGCGAGACGAGAGCGCUUCUAGGCCUUCUACGACCUGACUUGCAUCGUAUCAACUUGAUCUGUCUUGACGUGAUACCUAUCUGAAAGCACCAACUACCAGCAAGCUCUCAACACUGGACAUUCAUGUCAUUCAUGGAACCAUUCCGCAUUAAGAUGGUGGAACCCCUCACAUUCCUGACAAGGGAAGAACGGAUAAAAAUACUGGAAGACAGCGGUUCGAAUCCAUUCAAACUGGAUGGUCGUCACGUGACUUUUGAUUUGGCAACUGAUUCAGGUACCGGGGCCAUGAGUCAACAUCAGUGGGCAGCGAUGAUGCAAGCAGAUGAGGGCUACUUCUCAUCACGUAGCUUCAAGAAGUUAGAGGAUUGCGUGAAAUCUCUGACGGGAUUUCAAUACAUGCUACCUGCUCACCAAGGAAGGGCCGUAGAACGUCUAUUAUUUUCCAUUCUGUCGAAGCCCGGAAUGACCAUUUUCAGUAACACUUUAUUCCCCACAACACGUGGAAAUGCUGAUAUUAAUGGUUUACAGGUUGUAGAUCUUCCAUGCGUUGGAAGUCCAGAAAGUUCCUUCAAUGCGAACAUUGACUGUGGGAGGCUCAAGGAGGAACUAGAGAAGAUGGGACCAGAAGGUACAAUGGUUGUGUUGGUCGCUGCAAGCACAGGCCAAGCAGGGCAGCCAGUCUCAAUGUCCAAUAUCCAAGACCUGUCAAAGAUUUGUCACAGCUUUGAUAUUCCCUUGAUCAUGGAUGGAUGUCGGUUCGCAGAGAAUGCCUACUUCAUCAAGACACGCGACAAGGAAUAUAGUCUCAUGUCCUGUAAAGACAUUGCCCUGAAGAUGUUCUCCUACUUCGACCAUGUCUAUGUCUCAGCCAAGAAAGACGGGCUGUGUAACACAGGGGCGUUUCUGGCCACAAACCAGCAGGAUGUUUACGACAAAGCAUCCGUCAGGAUGUUCUAUACGGAAGGGUUCAAGACGUAUGGAGGACUGACGGGUAGGGAUAUGGAGGCCAUGACAAUUGGCCUGUUGGAGAACAUUGAUGAUAAGUUUCUUCAGUAUCGAGUUGACAGCACGUACAUGUUCGGAGACAUCCUGAAGAAGGCUGGCGUUCAUGUCAUCGACCCCAUAGGAUGUGGACUAUACAUUAAUGGAGCAAAAUGUCUUCCACAUAUUCCCACUUGCCAGUAUCCAGCCUUUGCUCUUCAUUGUGCUUUGUAUAUUGAAGGUGGCAUCCGUUGUGCUCAGAUCGAUGAUAUUUUGAAACUUGAUGAGAGCAAUGAGAGAGAGAAUCCGAAACCGCAACACAUUCUUCGGAUCCAGAUACCAAGGCGUGUCUACACUCUUAGCCACAUGCUUCAUGUUGGGGACAUAUUUAAGAGGAUCAUGGAAAGACGUGAAUCUAUCUCUGGCAUGCGUGUGAUAGAUUUAACUUCUGCUGAUUAUACUGCAAUCCUGGAACCUGUUAAAGGGAAGAUAUUCGAUGAUUAAAACUUGGUUUGGACCGUAUUCUGGGGCCUUCAGUCACUGUGAAGACAUUCAAUUUGAAUGCUUGAAGCUAUUAUUCGGAAACAGAUUGUGAAGCUAUUUCUUCUUCUUAGUUUGUUGUUUAACGCCGCACUCAGCAAUAUUCCAGAUAUGUGACCGCGGCCUGUUAAUAAUCCAGUCUGGACCAGACAAUCCAGUGAUUGAUAUCAUGAGCAUGAGGGAGGUAACAAAUGUUUUCAUGAAAUUGUAAUAGAAACAGGCACUGGCAAAUUAUGACAUCAACUAGAUAUCAUAAUACAAUUUUCAAAAUAAAAUAAAGCGACAGAACCCUUUCCAUAUCCAACAGAAAUCUCUGCAUAAAUCAGAGUCGAUUGUAUUAUUCCGACUA